UUGGUGAGAGACACCUCACGGAGAUUGCGUGAUUCAAAGAACCUUGUGCACAUUCUCUCAAGUAGUGUGAAGGAGAAGACGCCGCUCUAACAAGAUGCCAAGGUCUUUUCUUGUGGAUUCCUUGAUUUUGAGGGAGACCAACGAUAAAGGGAGUGAGAACAAUCCGCCGUUAUUUCCGUACUCCAUGCAUCCGUCUCAUCCGCUCCACGGGCUCUCCACAGGUUCCUGCCACUCCAGGAAAGCGGGCUUACUGUGCUUCUGCCCGUUAUGCGUCACGGCGUCACAACUGCAUCCGUCGCCUCCGGCUCUGCCUUUACUCAAGGCGUCGUUCCCAGCUUUCGGCUCCCAGUACUGUCACUCUGCGCUGUCUCGGCAACACUCGUCCUCCAACAGCGUUAACCUCAACCACGGCCCCGGUUUAUACCAGGCGACAUACCCAGUUCCAGAUCCGCGUCAGUUCCACUGUAUAUCGAUUGAAAACAACAACAACCAACUUCAGAGCAGUAAGCGCAUGCGCACAGCAUUCACUAGCACUCAGCUCUUGGAGCUGGAGCGCGAGUUCACUUCCAACAUGUACCUGUCAAGACUGCGGCGCAUCGAGAUCGCCACCUAUCUGAACCUGUCCGAGAAGCAGGUCAAAAUCUGGUUCCAAAACCGCCGUGUGAAGCACAAGAAAGAGGGGAAAAGCGGCUCACAUCGCACGGGUUCGCACAACUGCAAGUGCUCGUCCCUGUCAUCUGCCCGGUGCUCCGAGGAAGAGGAUGAUAUGCCCAUGUCACCCUCAUCGUCGGGAAAGGAGGACGGAGAUCUGUCUGUUAGCCCGUGAACUCUCCUUAAACUAAAAUUACACCCACAGACAAUAUGCUCCACACACGUGGAAUUCAGAAUGCAGCCAAAAAGCGACUGUACCUGCGCGUGCCGUCAACUGUAAAUAGAAAGAAAAAGAAGUUUAUAUAAACUGGGGAGCCCGUGCGAGCCCUUACCGUUGUAUAACUGUAUACAUGUUGUAUGCUUGUAGUUUUUGUUUUCAAAACAUGUUAAACCUAUCGUUCCGUAUCCAAAUACGUUUCGCGCCACCAAAAGACUUUUCUGAUAUUGUAUAAGUGAAUCCUCCAAAUGAAGAAAAAGGCUAAUUAGUCUUUUGUGUCUGAUUUGGAAACCCAGAGUAGUUCACACUUUUGAGUGGAAGGUUAGCUUGGAGCACAUUUUGGGAACGGAACUGAAAUGCGUGAUGUCUUCGGGAGGAAUGCUUUUCCGUAAGCAUCACCUUUAUGACAGAACCUGUCAUUAUUUGUUCAGUGUA